AUGUCAUGGGAAUCCCUGGCCACUGUAGGCUCGGGUGCUACGGGAACCUCAUGCUCAGUAAAUAUAUGCGUGGCGUUCAACAGCUCCUGUAUUAUCGGCGCUGCGAUAGUUAUCGGCGCUGCGAUAGUUCAUACUUUGCCUGAUAAGGCAUUCCUCCUGAAGAAUACCUUACACGAGGGACAGAUAACCUAA